AAAAAUAAAAUUUAAAAAACAAAACAAAAAAAAAUUAUUGCAAAUUUGAAGCCAUUUUUUUGGAUUAUAUCCGCAACCCACUAAGUAAUAGCUGAAAUCGUCCAAUUAUCUCCACACACACACAACAGCAAAAGCAUACACAAAUCUUUUUAUUUUAAACAAAUUAUCAGCAGCAAACAUUAAAAGAACAAUGGUAUCCAGAAGAAAAAUACUCUCCCGUUCUAGAGAUGAUCUAAAUUUGGAUCAGACAUUUAGUCCACAAGAAGAGGAGGAAGAUGUUUGGUAUCAAAAAGAUAAAUUAUACAAAGAACACAUUCAAGAAGUUCUCGACAAAUGGACCCAAAUCGAUGAUGAAAUUUGGGCCAAAGUAAUUGUCUUUGAACGUAAUCGGCGUGUGGCCAAAGCCUAUGCCCGGGCACCAGUAUUAACCAUAAAUGGCUCAGAUGAUGGCUUUGAUGGCAUGCGAAUCGGUUUAUGUGGCUUUGAUAAUCCAAUGCGUGAUCAGAAAACAGAGGAAUUUAAAAAACACAUUGGCCAGGGUGUCAAAAUCAAAAUGGACGAUGCUGGCAAUAUCUUAAUACGACGUUAUGCCAAAAGUAAUGUUUAUAUCAAAAGCACGGCUAGCAGUCCCAACGAAGAGACCUCUAUUGGAGCCGAUAUUUUGAAAUUACCCAAUCAGGCAUUGGAAAGUGAAAAAAUAGUCAAAUUGUUUGAUAUGAAAAAGUUUCAAUCAAAUGUUAAUCGUGAACUGAGACGAGCCUAUCCCGAUCGACGACGUUUGGAGACUCAAUGUCUGUCAGCGGUGGCUUUUGUUAAGUCCGAAAGUGACAUACUGGAAUGCCCCAUAUGGGUACUGAUUGUCAAUGUCGUUGCAAUGGAUAUGCUGAAAAGUAAAUUGCCACCAGUUCAACGACCUUUGGUUGAUAUCAAAAAUCGUCCUAGAAUACCCAUACCCGAUGAGGAUCCUUACAGCGUUGCUGGCAAUGGCAGUGGCGGCAGUUCGGGUAGCUCUGGUUUCGGUGCUAGUGGCCUGGGUAGCAUGAUGUCCGCUCAUAAUGGCCAAUUGCAAAUGCACGGACGCGAACAGCAGCAGCUACAGACGCAAGCGCAACAGCAACAACAACUAUCGCAAUCACAAUCUAUGACAAACGGCAAUGGCGUUGGCAAUGGAAAUCUGCUGUUGAAUAAUGGCAGUGUUAUGGCAGCCGGCCUCAAUGGCCAUGGCCCAGCCGCCAGAGAACAAUUGCUGAUGCAACAACAACAACAGGCACAACAAAUGGCUCUGAAGCGUAGUGAAAAACCGCCAAAAUUGCCGCCAAGAGACAGUAUAUACGGGACAGCGCAUGAUAUACCGAAGCCCGACUACGAUGACAUCGAAGUGGAUACACGUAUUAAAUUGUCACGUGGCAAAUCCGAUAAAGGCAAAGACAAUAAGAAAUAUGAUGAUCCCUACUAUUGCGGUCUGCGUGCACGCGUUCCCAACUUUGUGAAAUCCUCCUCAAAAUCGGCCAAAGAACAUGAGCAGCAUCGCAAUGGCGUUAUUUCGGCUCCAAAUUCGAUGAACACGUUGACCAACAAUCAAAAGAAGACUUCAAUCAUGAUGCCCAUGCAUCCGGCCAUGCAUGCUCCGGCACCGCCACACAUGCACCCACAUCACAUACAGCAACAGCAAAUGAUGGCCGUGGCUGCAGCACAGGCUGUUGCCCAGCAACAGCAGCAGCAGCAACAACAACAGCACUCACACCCAAUGCAUCAUCAUGCACAUGCACACGCGCAUGCGCAACAAAUGUGGCACACGCGCAGCUAUGAAAGUGGCAUAGAUGCCGAUCUUGUUGAUUCUCCCUACAAUCACAUUUAUGGACGAUUGCCUUUGCCCACAAGGGGCUACAUACCAACACCACGCAGUUUGUAUAUCGGUGAAUGGGAUUGAAUAGUUGGAACGCGGCGAAACAGCAAUUGCUCCAGCUCCAACUCAACUGCUCUACUCUGUGUAAAAGUAAAUGAAAGAGAGAGAGAGAGAGAGAGAGAGCAAUUAAUGACGUACAUUAGACAGAAGUGUCUAAUAAUAAUUAAUAAUAAAAAACACUUAGUUGAUAAUUUUUUAAUAUUUAAGUUUAACCAUAAAAAA